AUGGCUUUUUUGUUUCAGAAAUUUCAAGAGGCUGUGAAAACCCUUGCAAAAAGUCCCACUUUUGCUUUUGCUAGGGAUCCUAGACAACUACAGUUUGAAGUCAAUCUUAAUCGUUUGUUCCUCUAUACAAGCUACAAUCGAUUGGGGAAGAAUGCUAGUGAAACAGAUGCAGAAGAGAUUAUUGAAAUGGCUAGUAAAGCCUCUGUUGCCGAUCAACAAAUGCUAGUACAAGAAAAUGUUCAUGCUCAAAUUAAAACAUUUUGCACGUUAAUGGAUGAAGUUCUUCUUCCAAAUGAAAAGACAGUGAAUGACGACUACUUCGAGUUACUAUCUCAACAAACAAACGUUUUACCUCGAAAUAAUGAGAUUAGUUCUGCCAAUGGUUUCCCGAAACAAAGACCGAUAAAUCAAGCCGAGCUUUCGCAGAAAUUAAAGGACGAACUUGGCUACAUGCUCAAUGUCAAACCUUCUCAAAUAUCGCACAAGGACGCUGGCAAAGGUCUAUUUCUAGAUGGUGUAGCAGAUGUUGGUGCUGUGAUAGCCUUUUAUCCCGGGGUAGUAUAUUCUCCGGCUUAUUAUCAUCAUAUUCCUGGAUAUCUUGAUGAUCAGAACCCCUAUUUGAUUACAAGACAUGAUGGGACUGUCAUUGACGCCCAACCUUGGGGUCGUGGAGGUGACAGGAAAGAACUGUGGAAUGCUAGGAAAAUGGUAGACGAGAAAGGGUCUCAAGUAGAUAAUAGCGAUGAUGUACUCGAGCGUAGGAAUCCACUAGCCUUGGCACAUUUUGCUAAUCACCCUUCAAAAGGGAUGCUUCCAAAUGUCACAAUUUGCCCUUAUGACUUUCCAUUGAUUGAAAAUGACAUGAGAGCCUACAUUCCUAAUAUAUUAUUUGGAAAUGCAACAGAAGUAAAUGUGGAGAGAUUUGGAAGUUCUUGGUUCAAAUCUAGAGUUUCAAGAAAUACUGAAUCACAUGUUCCUACUACUCUGAAAACUGUUGUUUUGGUAGCAACUAGAGCUCUUCAAGAUGAAGAACUUCUCCUGAACUACAGGCUGAGCAACACGAAGCGGAUGCCUGAAUGGUAUACUCCAGUUGAUGAAGAAGAGAUCAUAGAAAGGUGA